AUGUUUAGAUCACAAGUAGCAGUUGUUUGGUUUCUCUUCUUUUUCCUGAUCUGCAAUGCGGAUAUCGUUGUAAACACACUAUCUGUCCGUGUUAAGGAGUGGAAUGAAAGAAUUGAAAAGGGUUCAGCAGGAGUAUCUCUAGGGUUUUUGGAUAGAUAUUGUGCAAAUGUUAUGGAUGUGGUGAAGGAAUUGGAACCAAAAUUGAGAUCUGCUACUCUGUCAUGUGAUAUCGAUCACUCACAAAGGCCAAAGGAUAUCCGUGUAGACAAUAUAAAGGUUGAACUGGCAGUGUUAUCGAGUGAAAUGGAAAAAGUAUUUUCAUCGAAAACCUGGUUCCCAUCGUUGAAGAAUACACUUGAAUCGGGUAAUGUGAAUGUGAAUAGCGCGUGGAUAAUUGAUAUCGUUUCAGUGAGUGAUUCCUAUCUGUUCCAAAAAACCUAUCCUACGAGAUCAGUAACUACUGAUAAGUGCCCUGAACUGAAGAUCAUUAUGUCGAAUAUAUAUACUGGAUUCGGUGAAACAAUGACGAACUGCUCCUUCGAUGUGCUGACAGGAGAUAUAAGCACGACGAUGGACUACCGAGAACUUAUGAAGAAAGGGUAUUGCUGUUCAGAGCAUAAUGUAUAUAGAAGAAUUUACUGGUCAAUUUACGAUUUACUAUAUAAGGGUGAAAGCGGUGAGAAUACGAUCGAACCACGCAACAUAACUCAACCCGAAAUAACGAUUAACAAGAAAAAUACUACUCUCGAUGGAAAAACGACCAUACAGAGAGAAAUAUCUCAACCUGGAACAACGACUGAUAAAGAAGAAACGUCUCUCGGUCACUGUAUCUAUGCUUCGUUUCCAUCUGGUAAGUUGUGAAAUAUGUCGCUCAAUGCAUAAACGUUACCAUGGAAUUCACAUGUUGUACAAUGAUCACAUGGGACUGAUGACAUUGCCCGUAAUCAUUUACCGUCAUGUAACAUUACUCACCAUUACUCCUGAUUAUUCUUAACUUUCAGUUUGUUAUGGCAAAUUAUUGUGGUGCCCUAUUGCACUGAAAUUAUCUACGUUAUAAGUGAAUCAUUCAUUACAACUUAUAUUACUGUGGAUUCCACAAAUAUGAUUCUCUGUGAUUGUUUAUCUAGAUUGCGUAAAUGUUAAGGAUACCUGUCAGUAUCUGUUGAACAUCGCUUUUCAAUUUCAAAGUGGAUGCAAGUGAAUACGUAAUGGAUGUCGUAUUCUUCCUUUCCUCCCUUGAUACUAGUAGCCCGAUCAAACCAUGAGUCUCCGUGAAAGUAUUGUGAGUGAGAAAAACAAUCGGAACACAGAACACGACCUAUUAGAUUUGUAUGAAACCGGAACAGCAUAAACAUAGCAAGCAGUAGAAAUACAUUAUCCAUGUGAUAAUGUCUACAUCGUGGAACUAGACCACCAACCACAAAUAAUUUAGCAUAACUUGUAGAAAUACAAGAAACCUUCGGAUCGGAGUCGGGUUCACUCUCAAGUCGAGGUAUACAGACUCUCUUAAUUCACAACGACAAGACCAUGUGGCGUCGGUUUUCAAUAUACAGAUGGGAUAACCUGUUUAGGACGUCAAUGAAAUAACUUUUCAAACAAAAUCUGUUAACAAUUUGCAAUGUUGGUGAUUUGCUCUCAAUAAACCAUCCACUUACUGUUGAUAUUCUCUGAAUAACCAAAAACAGACUGA